AUGCUCCACCUCCCCGGCGCGGCGGGCGAGACGGGCCGGUGGUGCGCCCUCGGCGGACUGGAGAGGCCUCGGGAUCCCACCUCGGCCGGCGGGGGGGGAGACACGGGCGCGGGGGAGGGCGGGACGCGCGGCGGGGGAGAGAACCCCCCCGGACCGGCGACCGCCCGCCCCGCGCCCGAGCGCCCCCGCCGGCCUUCACCUUCAUUGCGCCACGGCGGCUUUCGCGCGAGCCCCCGACUCGCGCACGCGUUAGACUCCUUGGUCCGUGUUUCAAGACGGGUCGGGUGGGUGGCCGACGUCGCCGCCGACCCCCAACCCGACUCCGGGAAGACCCGGGCCCGGCGCGCCGGGGGCCGCUACCGGCCUCACACCGUCCACGGGCUGGGCCUCGAUCAGAAGGACUUGGGCCCCCCACGAGCGGCGCCGGGGAGUGGGUCUUCCCCCGGGCUGCGGGAGAAGCGGCCCGCCCGCGAGCGAGCGCGGGCCGCCCCGACCCGGGACGGGGGCGGAGUCUGGGAGAGACCGGGGACCGGCCUCCCCACGGGCCCGCCGCCCCGACCCCUUGGACGGACGGGCGACCCCCGACGGGUCUUUAAACCUCCGCGCCGGAACGCGAUACCAGGUACCUGGACACGAGAGGGCGGACGAGCGAGAGGCGGGGUGAGGUGCCACCGCGGGGAGCCGGCCCCAGACCGGGCCACCGAGGCCGCGGGGGGCGAGGGCGGGGCGGAGGGGAAGGCGAAGGCGGACCAAGAGGGGGGAGGACGGCGGCCGCACACGGUGCGAGGCCGAGCCCCCCCCGACCGACACGCGAGGCGCCCAGUGCGGGAAAGCCAGCGGGGGAGGGGACCGCCACGAGGGCGCGCAGGCGAGGCGAGGCAGGGGCCCGAGGCGCGGCGCCCCGCGGCGGCGCAGAACGGGAGAGGAGCGCGGGGACGCGGGGAGCGGAGCGCAGAGACGGAGGAGGCGGGCCGACGGGGAAAAGCGGACGCGGCGGCGGCCCCCAGCGGCUGGGGAAUGCGACGCGCCACGCGGGCCCGGACGCGGGCGGGGUCGGCGGAGCAGGGGCAGGGGGAAGCGGCCGGCGGGCGACACGACCCACCCGCAACAUGCCUUAACCCGGGCAACCGGCUCGCCCACCCGGCGGCACGGGCGCCGCGGGGACGGCACCGCACACGGCCACACCCACCGGGCCGACGCCGGCCACGCGAUCCCAGCCGGCCUCCCUACCGCUCCUUCCUCUCCUCUCUCGCGCCCCCUCGCCAACUCAACCCGUCCGCGGCCGCGGGAAACACCGGGACGGGGGAAGGUCCUCACCGGCACGGCCGCCCCGGGAGCGGGCGGGUCCCUCCUCCCAGGCCGGCCCCGACGUGCGAGAGCGGGCCACACGGGGACGGACGACGACGGCGACGCGGGAAAGACGGCGACGACGACGAGGAGGAGCCCCGAGGGACCGCGGCGCCGGAAACCCCGGCGGAUCGCGGAAGGCCACCCUCGCGCCGAGCUCAUAGUCAAGUUCGACCGUCUUCUCAGCACUCCGCCAGGGCCGUGGGCCGACCCCGGCGGGGCCGAUCCGAGGGCCUCACUAAACCAUCCAAUCGAAGCCGGCCCGAAUUCACUCGCUCGCACGGACGCGGGGGCCGAGCACACAGCGACCCGCGCCGCCGCGGACCGGCGGUGCCGGCAGGGGGUCGGGGGUCCGCGGCGACGACCCGUCGGCGACAAGUCACCGGCCAACGGCGGCGGCCGGAGGCGGCGGCAGGGACCCCGGGAGGCGGGCGACACCAAACCCAACGCACGCGAGCACGCUCACACGCGGACACCGCCGGCACAGAGCGGACAGGGCCAGGCACGGGAACCGGGGUCGCGCCGGGCACGCGGCGGCGACACGCCGAGAGAGCACAACACCCCGGAUCCGGGACAGGGGCGGGGACGAAGCCACACGGCUCGAGACGGAGGAGACGAUGCGAUGCGGGCAAGCCUACGCACGGCGAAGCGGGAGGGAGGCGCGGGAACCCGGGACAACAUCGCGCAGGCACGCGAGGCGGCGCCCAGCGGGAGGAGGCACGUCGUGACGCCGGCUUCGGGCCCCUCGGACGGCCAACUCCCGAGCGAGGGACGCACGCGGGAAUCUCACCACCACCGCCCCCGUGGCGUACCGGCGGUCCCGCUGGCAGGAACCCUCGUCGUGAGCAAAACCGAUCCGGGAAGACCCUUCAAAAGCCACCGCCGCCGCGACGACGUGCCUCCCCCACACCGGGGGAGCAGCCUCACGAGCUGAGCGCCGUCCCCCCCCCCCAAGAGAACACCAACACAACGCCCGACUCGACCGUCCGCCGGUGGCCGGCCACCAGGCCAAACCGGCGAGGAUCGCGGAAGGCUGAUGCGGGUGAGGAGGGCACGCCGGAAGCACAACAAGAAGAGCAGCGGGAGGGUCACCGGGUCGGGUCACCGGGGCGAGAGGCGAGUGAGCGAGCGGCCACCCCCUCACACGGGCGGGUGGCGCAGCCGCAGACCAACGGGGAGGUGGGACCUUUCCGGGCACAGCCGGCACGCCAGGUAAACGAACGCGGGAUCUCACCACCCCCAACUCCGGGGCGGUCCCGCGCAACGCCUGGGACACCGAGCCGGCCGACCAGCGGACCGGAAACCCCCACCGCGGCAGCGGCGGGCCCCCCCAAAAGAGGCCCGAGAGGGAAAAGGCAGCUCUCGCACACACCUCAAAGACCCCGUGAACGCCCGCGGAGCCGCCCGCGCCAGCAGGGCCCCACCGCCUCCAUCCACACCACACCGCCGGGCACAGCACCCAUCAUCGACCGCCUCUUUUUCGGCCGCGUGAGCAAGGGCCCACACACACCGGGAUCCUCGGCUCCGGGGGGCCAGAACCCCCCCGAGCGGCGCACCACCACGGGCACGGCGGCCCCGGAACACCGCGGGGCCCAGCGCCCGCACGGCGCCGUCGUCGCCAACGGGCGGCGGCCCACACAGACGCUCGGGAACAGCGUCGCCAGGGGCCGGAGGGGGAGGGGGACGGGACCCCCAAAAACCCCACGGCAACCCAAGCACGAGGCCGGGAAGCCACACACCACACGCCCUCGCAUCGCGACCCGGCACGGGCUCCAGGCUCCGCCACUCGACACACCGCACGCGAGGCAGGGGCGGGGACGGAUCGGGAACGUCCUCCACUCACCACACCAGACGACGGCCCGGGAGAGAGACGUCAAUCUCAACGGUAACUUCUCACUCGCACAAAAGCCCCACGAACCCGAGGACGGCCGGGACACACCACGGGCAGCAGGCUGGCACAAGGCAGCGGACAACGCCAGGAUCGGGAACGACACCACCACUCAGCCUCAGGCACCUGAGAGAACCAACCGGGAGCGUUCCGGGAGCACCGCAAGAGGGCAGAGCGCGAGGCGCGGUUUUUCACACCACACAGCACGGGCAAGCACGGAGCACCGACCCUCCCUCUCCGCGGAGAGAGCCGACCCCCGUGCCAAUAACGAGUCACGGGAAGAGAGGAGCAAGAUCAGGGCGCCCCCCUCCUCCAGCGUGUACAAGUCCCCGACCUCACGGCGAGGGCAGGGAGAGCGCAGCCGGGCCCGGUUGCCGCACCCCCGCCUCCCCGCACACCACCGGCGCCGGCACGGUGGGACGGGUGAGGGCAGGGGCCCACGGGCAGAACGAGAAGAGCGGUCCCAUUCGCCAUGA